AUGAGGGUGAUUGAUGUGCUGUUGAAGGCAGUCAGUGAUGCGCCCAUCAUGAAGACCAAAAAAAGGUCCGUGGAAAGAGGGAGGACAGUACAGUCACUCGCUCAGUUUAUCUCACUCUUUCUCAAACUGGAUCCAAGUGAACAACUGUUCAUUUAUGUCAGUCAGUCAUUUUCUCCAUCACCACAUCAAGAAGUGGGUGUGUUUUUCGAGUGUUUUGGAAGUGAUGGUAAACUAUGUGUUCUCCGUUACUGCAAGUCCCAGGCCUGGGGAUGAUCGUGCUACUUUUUUUUCUGUCCCCCUUUCUCCCGUUUCAUUUAUACACCUACAAUAUCAAAAACAUCACUCCCACAUCAUGAUU